AUGGGUGAUCACCUGUCUUUGUCGGACGCGAGCGCUUGCGCGGUGGAGACAGAUAAGUCUGUCCUAUUCACACAUGUGCAACAAGUGGCACAUCAAGAGUACGUGGAGGCCCCUCGUCAAGUAACUGCGGUUUCGAAUGCACACGAGGCAAAUGCAUUUGAGGCGCCCGCGCACCUAUCCUUGUCAUGCGUGAGCGAUACGGCGGCGGAAGAUCAUAAAGCUGUCUCUGUCACUCCCGUAUUAAGGUCGGAGAUGGCGACUCGAGCGCUUGUCUCGUCUGAGUCAGCCUGGUGUGAUGACGUCAUG